UUUGAUUUUGUGUACUGAUUCAAUUAGCGAUUAGUUCAAUUGAACUGAAUCCAAACCGUUUGCUACAACCCUAUGCGACACAACGCUAGCACAGAAUGUUUUCUCUUUUGCGUUCCCAGUUUCGUUGUGAUGUUUUGAAGAGGAUUGAGCGCACAAUGGCAUUUUACGCAGUUGCAAAAGGACGAAAAGUCGGAAUCUAUGCAAACUGGGCGCAAUGUGAGGAGCAGGUGAAGGGCUUCAAAGGAGCUGUUUACAAGAAGUUCAACAAUCGUCUGGAAGCCGAACAAUUCAUAAGUCCAACAAAAGCAACAGGAGUUCAUGGAAAAUACACACCAGAUGAAUUCGCUGUGCCACUUGGACAAAGGCAACCACCGCCAGUCAGCUGGGCACCUCAGCAGCAACAGAUUAAACAAAGUACAGAUUAUUGGCCAGAAGAUGUGGCAGAAGAAGGAGCCGUAACAGAAGAUGAUCUCAUGACAGCUAUGUACGAAGUGGAAGGAUUACCGGAACCAUCUACAAGUCGAAAAAGAAAAACAGAUGCUGAUAUAACUGAAAAUUCAAAGUCUAAAUUACCCCGGCACGGCAAUGGACAAGAAGAGGAAUCCGUAAAGCAAAUUGGAGCAUUUGAGUUUACAGUCGAUUCUGAAGGUUUCGUCAUUGUCUAUACGGAUGGUUCGUGUCUAGGAAAUGGUCGAAAAAAUGCUUGUGCAGGAUUUGGUGUCUAUUUUGGCGACGAUCAUCCACUAAAUGCGGGAAAACCAGUGCUAGGACGUGUUACCAACAAUGUCGGAGAGAUACAGGCUUCCAUUUAUGCCAUUAAAUUCGCACUAGACUUGGGCAUUGAAAAGCUCUGUAUAAAGACAGAUUCGCAGUUUUUAAUCAACUCCAUAACAAAGUGGGUUCCGGGCUGGAAAAGUCGCGGUUGGCGUUUAAAAAACAUGGAACCCGUAAAAAAUGUGGCGGAUUUUAAGGAGCUGGAUGAGUUGCUGCAAAACGAUCAACUUAAAGUAAAAUGGAGCUAUGUGGAGGCACAUAAAGGCAUUAAAGGCAACGAAAUGGCUGAUAAAUUGGCCAAACAAGGCUCACAGCUAUACAGGGAAAUAAACUCUGGAAAACAAUAAGAUUAAUGAUUUUUAUAUGCGUUAACUUCAAAUUGUUCGCGCAAUUAUUGCCAUAAGUUGGCAGCCCAAUAAAUUUGACAGUUUUGUGUUUUAGCAA